CAAUUAUGAAGACUAAAUAAAAUACCAAAGUAAAUCUCUCUCUCUCAUUUCAGUUUCUCCCAAUACGCAGCAAGAGAGAGAGAGAGAUGGCGCCGCCGGCAAAGGAGCGGUGGUGCUUGGCAUUGAUUAUUGUUUUGCUUUCUCUGUUCGUCCAAUCCUCGACGGCCAUUUAUUGCGGCGAAGACGAUUGCUAUGCUCUCCUCGGAGUGGCUCAAGAUGCAAACGCAUCGGAUAUAAAGAGAUCUUACUACAAGCUUUCUCUCGAACAUCAUCCAGAUAAGAAUCCAGAUCCUGAAUCCAAGAAGCUCUUUGUCAAAAUCGCCACUGCUUACGAGAUAUUGAAAGAUAACGAGACGCGUUCACAGUAUGAUUAUGCUAUUGAGCAUCCAAGUGAGGUGUUUUACAACACUGCUCAAUACUACCGAGCCAAAUAUGGACAUAAGUCGGAUCCUCGUGCUGUUCUUGUUGGUCUUCUGGUAGUUUUGUCUGCGUUUCAGUAUCUGAACAACGUUGCGAGGUAUAAUGAGGCUUUGGCAACAGUUAAGCGAACUCCUGCUUACAAAAACAGGCUCAAGGCCUUGGAACUCGAACGCACUGGUGGAGUAUCUAGCAAGAAGAAGGGUCCAAAGCAGAUCGACCAGAAACUACAGGAAGAGCUAAGCAAUGAACUCGACCUACAAAUCAAAGGAGCUGAAAAACCAUCAGUCUGGGAUCUUCUCGGUGUUCGAUUCGUUCUCCUACCUUACACUAUCAUCAAGCUUCUAGUAUGGUACAGCAGUUGGGUAUGGAGAUAUAAGGUUAAGAAAGCUCCUUAUUCAUGGGAAGACGCAUCUUACUUAACACGAAGAUCACUUGGGGUGCCUCUUGACGCCUGGACUAAUCUCGAUGAAUACAAAAAGGAAGAUCUGGUGCAGAGAAGGCUAUGGGAGAAGCAGAACCUUGAGAACUACUAUGCAGAAAUGCGUAAAGAAUCAAAGCGGAGAAGAUAGAUCCACUUAUCACUUACCAUCCAAGGAGGGAUACACAUGGGAACUCAAGUUCCAGAAGCACUUUUGUUACCUUUAUUACUUUUAAUGUUAUUAAGAUAUUUUGAACAAACAAACCAGUUACAAGAAGAGACGGUAUAAUUUGUAUGGUACAAGGAACCAAAUCUCAAUUUAGCAUAUACAAGUUGGGUCAUGUCUGAUAAUGGGCAUGUUCCGGUUUUGACU